AUGAAUAAUUUGUGGGAUCAAUUGGCUCUUAUGAAAUCGACUAAAUUGAAACUUGUUAAAGCGUACACUGGUCAAAGAGAAAAGCAUCAUUUGGUUCAAUUUAUGGUGGCGCUUAGGGAUGAUUUUGAGGGACUUCGUGGGGGUAUUCUGCAUUGUAAUCCUCUUCCUACUGUUGAUUCAGUUUUUAAUGAAUUGUUGACAGAAGAAAUUAGAAUAAAGUCCCACUCAAAUUUGAUUCCAGAUAAAGGAGUUCUAUCCACUCCUCCAUCUGUUUUUGCUGCUCCAUUUCACAAAGGAAAACCUCAAGGUAGGGUCGAGCUUCGUAUUGGUGAAUGUGCUUUUUGUAAGGAGAAAGGUCAUUGGGAAGCACAACGUCCUAGAAUGAUUAAAGCAACUAAGAAAAAUUUCAAGAGUCCAUCAUCAAAUGUUGUUGUUGUUGCUCCUACUACCAUUGGUUCUGGUUCUGAUCGUGUAUAUCUGUAA